UUACAAUUCAUUUGGAAUGUUGGUGUAUGCCUUUUGUGUGUAUAAGUGCAGGAUUAAAUGGACGUGUGGACUGACACUUUUUAUUGAUAAUUAUUCGUGGAAAGCUGUCGGCCACCAUGGCUGAUAAUAUUUAGAUGAUUAACCUGCUGUGAAACAGAAAUCUACCUUAAAUUCUUGUUACAAUUGGAGCAUGGUAAACAAACAUAGAUAUGGCCUGAUAGUAUUCUGCUGUGUUGUUGUGCUCGUAUGGAUGUUCAACUUUCAUAGCAACAUUAGUGAUUCUGCGAUUCAAAAUUCCGACAUAAGGCGUAUAGCAAGAUCCCGGACGUUUGAUGGCAAUACAACGAAACCCAUUGAGGAAUAUUUAGAUGACCUUCUACAAUAAUUUUAUUUUUCCAUUUCUCAGAAUCAUUCAUUUCAAGGGAAGUAAAUGUUACCGAGGAACAUUUUGCAGAUGAAGUUCAGAAACUGACGUCGGUAUGCGGAGAUUUCAAAUGAAAAAAUAUUUUCCUUUAGUAACAUUUGGGAUUGUGUUUCUUUUCUUAAUUGUUCGCGUAAAUAAACUACAAACAUGGCGACCACAUAUGAUAUUUGGACAAAAUUCUCAGGAAAUCCGAUUUUUGAAGAGAGAAACAUUUAGCUACAAUGACUCUAAGGAAAUUGUAUGUGUAAAUUUCAAAGGACGACUCGGAAAUCUUAUGAUUGAAUACGUGUUCUUAUACAUAAUAGCAAAGAUUAAAAGACUGUACCCUAUCGUCCCUGAAAACUCAGAAUUGUUUGAAAUAUUUAAUAUACAAAGAACCACACUAUCGGCAAUAAAGAAACCCAAAAAUGCGUGUUCAAAAUUGCCACUACAAAAAGAAAGGUGGGGACUGUCAUAUGACGAAAAUUUGCUUAGUGUUCCUCCUUCCAAAGGAGUAAGAUUUGAUGGCUACUAUCAGUCAUGGAAAUACUGGAUAAAAUAUGAAGAGGAAAUUCGGGAUAUCUUUACUUUCAAAGAAUCAAUACGGAAAAAAGCAUACACACAGAUGAGGGAUAUCCUGAAUCAGAUGAAGUUUAUUGCAAAUAAGGAUAACGUUGUAGUCAGCGUACAUAUCCGAAGAGGAGAUUAUGCAACAAAGGGGCAUUAUAAGUACGGCAAACUUACACCAAAUGAAACUUACUAUGCGAAUGCCAUGGAUUAUUUUAAAAACAGAUAUCGAAAGGUAUUGUUUAUUGUCGGUUCAAAUGAUCUGGAGUGGUCUAAAAAGGCCCUAGCGAAUGAAACGAAUGUUUACUAUUCAACAGGGAAUUCAGCAGCAGAAGACAUCGCCUUGCUUUCUCUCGCGAAUCAUACCAUCAUGUCAGUUGGAACUUUUGGCUGGUGGAUUGGAUGGAUGGCGCGAGGAACCAGUAUAUAUUAUAAGAACAUUUUUAGACCCGGAUCUGAUUUUGCCAAAGAGUUUCGAAACAACUCUGUAGAUGACUUCAUUUAUCCUGGGUGGAUUCCAAUGGAAUAAAAAAUGAAAUGUCUGUGAAAUACCGUGGAAAGUCAAGAAUAAUAAAAAUCUACCAGUCAUUCAGGAUCAAUUUAUAAUUACAUGUAUAUUAGUUUUAAUUUAACAAUAUUUAUUCAAUUAUGAAUUUCAAUCAUAUGUUGUUUCCAUGUAGGUAUUUCCAUUUAUGAGAUUGAGAUAAAUCUUUUUGGCCAGUCAA